GUAGGAACAAGAAGAAAAACAUAUUUUGAGCGAAGGGGGCCUUUAAGGUUUUUCAGAAAAAUCGUCUCAUUCAGGAUCCAGGACUUUCAUUUUGAAGAGCACGAACAUGCGCAGUCAGCAGCAGUCAGCUGACACACUCUCACACUCACACACAGACAGAGAGAGAGUGAGAGUCUGCUUUACCUGACGACAAGUUCACUGGCCGGGAGAACUGAAUACAUCGUGUCAUGCUGCCUGACAAAGAUGGUCCAGGUGUUGGAGGUGGACAGAGCUCUGCUGCGGGAGAGGACCCCUCUGUGAGUCUGUUCAGAGAGUACCUCCGUCUCAAAACUGUCCACCCAGAGCCCGACUAUGAUGCUGCUCUUAGGUUCCUGGACAGAAUGGCAGAGGAGCUCGGGCUACCCAUAAAAAAGAUUGAGGUUUGUCCAGGCAGAGUCGUGUCAGUCAUGACAUGGGAGGGGACGAACCCGACCUUGAAAUCCAUCUUAUUGAAUUCCCACACAGAUGUUGUCCCUGUCUUCCAGGAACAUUGGAAAUACGAUGCUUUCAGUGCUUACAAAGAUGCAGAGGGCAACAUUUAUGCCCGGGGAACACAGGACAUGAAAUGUGUAACUAUACAGUACAUCCAGGCAGUCAGAAGACUGAAGGCAGAAGGACGGAAAUUGUUGCGCACUGUGCACUUAAUGUUUGUUCCUGAUGAAGAAGUUGGAGGUCACAAGGGAAUGGAAACAUUUGUGACACAUCCAGAGUUCCAAAAAUUGAACAUUGGCUUCGCUCUCGAUGAAGGUCUGGCCAACCCUUCCGAGGCCUUCACUGUGUUUUAUGGAGAGAGGAACCCCUGGUGGAUUACAGUCCACUGCCCAGGAAGUCCAGGUCAUGGGUCAAGGUUUGUGGAGAACACAGCUGCUGAGAAGCUGCACCAAGUCAUAAACUCUUUCCUGGGCUUCAGAGAGAAGGAGAAACACAGGCUAAACACCAGUGAGUGUUUCACACUCGGUGAUGUCACCACAGUAAAUAUGACCAUGGUGAAGGGAGGCGUGGCCUACAAUGUCAUCCCAGCUGAAAUGGACGUCAGCUUUGACCUAAGAAUACCACCAACAGUAAAUUUACAGGAGUUUGAACGACAGAUCAAACAGUGGUGUAAGGAAGCAGGAGAAGACGUCACUUAUGAAUUUGCUCAGAAACAUAUGAACCAGAAUGUGACAUCGACAGAGGAGAGUGAUCCUUGGUGGAGCGCCUUCAGUGGAGCCUGCAAGGCGAUGAAAAUGACUCUAGAAAAAGAGAUAUUUCCAGCCGCCACAGACAGCCGUUUUAUUCGGGCGGUGGGUAUCCCCGCUAUCGGCUUUUCCCCAAUGAACCGGACACCAAUCCUGCUGCACGAUCACAACGAGUAUCUGAACGAGCAUGUCUUCCUGAAAGGCAUCGACGUGUACGAGAGGCUAAUCCCAACUUUGGCCAGCGUACCUGCCUUUCCUGAUGAGGCUUAGACACGUCCUCUGUUUUUAAUGCUCUCUCAAACAUAUUUCACUGAUGAUCUUAGACUUGAGAGAGAUUACAGAGAUAACCAAAGAAUAAUAAUAA